CUCUAUCUUUGACGUUGACAUUGAGUCGCAGGAGAGCAGCCUCUCCUCGAGUUUUUCACGAGCGACGAGCCCGGCUCUUACCGAGGCUGAGGAAGUCGAGGUGACCAAGAAAGAGGAUGAAGGCACGUCAUCAUCGCCCGUCAGGACGAGCAGCAACAGUAACGUCUUUGCCCAUGCUCGCGCGCUACUCAAAUACGGUGUCUCGUCAUCUUUCGACAGCAGCAGCUGCGGUAAGGAUAGCAGUGGCGACAAGAGCAACAACGUCGUUCAAGUUGUUGGCCGGGAAAAGGAAAGGGGGCGAGAGUCUCGCCGACGACCUCGACGGCGCCCAAGACUCGGGCUGUCUCUAUGUAUGCGGCUUGCCGGGCACCGGAAAGACGGCUCUCGUUCGAUCCAUCUUAUCGGACGUCGCGGCAGCCAACUUUGGCAAGAGAGGACCUCGAAUGGCCUUUGUCAAUUGCAUGUCGGCCUCGCAACCCAGACUCGUCUUCAACUUGGUUCUGCAAGCGCUUGGCGAGAAGAUGCAGCCAGACGACGUCGAAGCAGAGAAGAGACUGCAGACUCUCAUCAAGGAUCCUUCUCAGCGCAUUCUCAUUGUCCUCGAUGAGAUCGACCACCUGCUCCGUAGCCGCGCCCAUCAGAAUGUCCUCUACCGCCUCUUCUCCUGGGGCGCUCUCUCUCCGCCCGCCUCGUCUUCAGGCACUGGUAACUCGAUGGGCACCUGCGGCGUUGUGGGCAUUGCCAACUCGCUGGACCUCACCGAGCGCUUCGUCCCUCUGCUCGCCAGCAAGGGGGCUGCCCCCGCGGUGCUCCACUUCCGUCCCUUUGAGGCAAAGGAAAUCAUGUCGGUCGUUCGCGCCCGUCUGGCAGGCCUCAAGGGGCGGUACGACGUCGAUGAGGACCAACUGCGCGAGGAGGACGACAUCAUCGUAGAGGACGGAGAGGAGCCUCCGCUUCCCCUCUUUGUGCCUGCCGCACUGGAGCUGGCUUCCAAAAAGAUUGCGGCAGCGACGGGCGACGUCCGAAAGGCGCUCGAUACGUGCCGAAUGGCCAUCGACGUCGUCGAGUCCGAGCAGCGCCGCCUUUGCGCGCUGGACUCCGAAGAAGACAAGAAGCAGCACCUGCGCACCUUUACGCCAAGCACUGCACCAAGAGUCACACCGGCACAUAUUCUCAAAGUCCUUUCGGCCGUCUUGGGAAGCCCACAGCUGACCAAGAUCCGAUCGUUGGGCCUCCAGCCCAAGCUUGCCCUGCUCGCGCUCCUCGUUGCGCAAAAGAGGUCUGCAGAGAGUCUCUCGGUUCUCGGCUCUUCUUCUACCUCUUCCUCCUCUUCCCCCUCCUCCUCCGCCGAGUCCAGCGCCGCCGCGCCGACUUCUGUCACCCGGCUAGCAGACGUCGAGAGUACCUACCUGACCAUGCUCAAGACGGACGGAGGAUCAUUUACAGCACUCGAACGGUCAGAGCUGCUCGACGUUUACGAGAUGCUCGAGGUCCAAGGCCUGGUCACACUCAGUGCCACCGCGUCUUCUUCGUCGCCCAGCGGCAACAUCAAGCGGCAGCUCAAGGCCGCUGCGGCAGACGCCGUGGGAAGUCGCGCCUUGAGACUUGCAAUGGGAUCCGAGGAUGUCUUGAAAGGUAUCACGACGGCUGCCCCUCCUGUUGGAGCCGCAGCCGCAGCAACAGCAACGGCGUCGACUGCUGCCGCGACGUCCAAAGCGGUGCUCGAGUCCAUCAGGCGGAUCUGGUCUGUGGAGGAGGCGCGCAUCAGGCGAAACAAGGGCUGGGAAGGCAUGCAGGGCGAUGCCGACGAAGAGCGCAAGAGGAUCCUCCGUGAAGAGCUCGGUGGGGGCCGAGGCGCCCAGGCCAGCUUUUGAUCUACGAUCAUCCUCAUGUCAAUGCUUUUCACUCUCUUUUCAUACAUUGUCGUUACCGUCAUAAGAUAUUUUCUCAUCGCAAUAUUCUCCUUACCUUGCUACGUCGUCCGUCUACCUCUACGAAUCUAACGAUC